AGCUUAUAGACGCUUAGGCGGCCAGAUGAACCGUUGCAUAAAUAUAUGUAUGAGAAGCGUGCCGCUGGCAUAGUUGUUGGGCUGCAUAACCAGCAUUUCGCGCAUUUCAUUCAUUUCAAGAACAUGGACGAAACUGCCUAAAGACAUCUAAUGCAUACUCGUACAUCAGCACAAUACGCCCAGGCCAUCAUACGAAUUACAUCGCUAGUCUACCAAGACAUAUCAUAUAAUCAGGCCAAAAACAAACUAUUUCUUAUUUUUCUUUGUAACAAUUUAACAAUAUUUGUAAGCUUUGGCUCUUUUUAUUUCGCUUUCACUGUCUUUUCCUCUGAAUCCUGCCCAAGGUUGUCCUCUCCUCAUCCACUGCUCCUCACAGCCAAUGUGCCUUUCUGCACCCCUCGCCUACCAUGCCACUGACCUAGCACCCCGCCUCGGGUCGACGCCAGACGGACGGACAGGCAGACAGACAGACAGACAGGACUGUCUGCCGGGUGAGUUCACACAGGCGCGCCACGGGAUCCCGUCGGUGGCCCACCAGCGGCUGACUCCCGUCUCGCUGCCGGCCUACUCGAGUCCGCUGAUGCCGUACCUGCUGAUGGACGAGGAUGACGUGGUGGUGCUGCCGCGGCGCCGCACUCUGGCCAGGCUCAGCGACGAACUGGACGAUGACCCCGUGCUGAAGCGUUUCUCGGGCUCGUGUCCCAACUGCUGCGGCGCCGUGGCCAGGCCCGUCCAGCAAGUCACUGUCGUGGCCCGGCCGUCGCCGAGACUCUAUUCCGUGCCCUCCUAUGGACCCUUUGUCAGCGGCGAGGAUGAACUCAGAAAU